GAUUCGAGAAAAUACCCGAUGAUUGCACUCCUUCCGAUUGUAGCUAUUGUUUGAAUAUUAAUCGAGUUUCACUCCUUCCGAUUGUUGGUGUUGCUGUGGAAUUCAGAAAUUUUGAGUUUCACUCCUUUCGAUUAUUGUUCUAGCUAAUUAGAUUUAGGAAUUUAAAAAUUUUGAGUUUCGCUCCUUUCGAUUGUUGUUGUUGCUAAUUAGAAUUUGGAAUUCAGAAAUUUUGAGUUUCACUCCUUUCAAUUCUUGUUGUUGCCAAGUAGAAUUUGGAAUUCAGAAAUUUUGAGUUUCACUCCUUUCAAUUGUUGUUGUUGCUAAUUAGAAUUUGGAAUUCAGAAAUUUUGAGUUUCACUCCUUUCAAUUUUUGUUGUUGCUAAUUAGAAUUUGGAAUUCAGAAAUUUUGGGUUUCACUCCUUUCAAUUGUUGUUGUUGAUAAUUAGAAUUUGGAAUUUAGAAAUUUUGAGUUUCACUCCUUCCAAUUAUUGUUGUAGCUAAUUAGAAUUAGGAAAUUAGAAAUUUUGAGUUUUACUCCUUUCGAUUGUUGUUGUUGCUGAUUAGAAUUUGGAAUUCUGAAUUUUUGAGUUUCAUCAGCCAUGGCGUCUCUCCCGGGCCCCACCAAUCCCUUCCCGCCGUCGUUCAGCCGGCCGAACCAUGCCCGAUCCCGGAUCAGUAUCAGCAUGAAACCCGACCCGCAGCCGUCAAAUGCUGGUGGAAACAUGGUCACUACGGCUGAGAGGAGAUUGGGGCAAGCCAAGAUGAAGGAGGUGGAAAAUCGAGAGAGGAAGGAGGAAACCAACAGGAAGAUAGCGUCGAAAAAGGCCAUUUCGAUUAUUCUCAGGAGAGAAGCUACGAAAGCGGUGAUCGAGAAGAAGAAGGGGGGAUCCAAGAGGCUGUUGCCGAAAUCUGUUCUCGAUGCCCUUCAUGAGAGGAUCACUGCUUUGCGUUGGGAGUCUGCUCUCAAGAUUUAUUGGUGAAGAAUUAGUGAAUUGGAGAUAGGAAAGUUUUGAAUGUAGUUUUCUUUGGUGUGAAAUAUGGAUUCUGGUGAUUCAACAAUCGAAGUGAUACAAAUGGCUAGAGCUUAGCUAGUUUGGAUGCAGUUGGUGUGAAACAGAGUGUGAUUCAAGAAUGUAUGUAGUACUAUUUCAGUGUGGAUGGAAGUGUUUCGGCUGGAUAGAGUGCCGUUUGCAUUGCAUUCGGGUUGCCUUUGGUGGGAAAU